AUGGCAAGUCCCAAAAUGAUAGGGGUUGCAUUGUUGGUUCUAUUUCUAAUAGAACUCAGCAUUGCAGCAAGGACAAUGUCUAGCAAUUAUGGUGAUGAUGAAGGUCAUCAUGAAAGUGGAGGUAAUAGUGGAGGUGGGUCUAGUGGUUCUGGAUCCGGAUAUGGUAAUUCAGGGAGCGGCAGUGAUAAUAGUGGUUCUGACUCCGGAUAUAAGAGUGGGAGCAGUGGAGGGAACAAUGGAGGUGGGUCUAGUGGUUCCGGAUCUGGAUAUGAAUCAGGAGAAGGUAAUUCAGGGAGUGGUAGUGGAAAUGGUGGAUCAGACUCUGGAAAUGGGAGUGGGAGCGGUGAUGGGAACAAUGGAGGUGAGUCUAGUGGUUCUGGAUCCGGAUAUGAAUCAGGAAAGGGUAACUCGGGGAGCGGCAAUGGAAAUGGCGGAACUGACUCGGAAAAUGGGAGUGGGAGCAAUGGAGGUGGAUCCAGCGGCUCUGGAUCUGGAUAUGAAUCCGGAAAAGGUAAUUCAGGGAGUGGCAGUGGAAACGAUGAAUCUGGUUCGAAAAAUGGGAGUGGGAGCAGUGGAGGAAAUAAUGGGGGUGGGUCUAGUGAAUCUGGAUCUGGAUACGAAUCCGGAAAAGGUAAUUCAGGAAGCGGCAGUGGAAAUAGUGGAUCAGGCUCUGGAUAUGGUAGUGGAAGCAGUGGAGGUGCAAGCUCCAAAUAUAGAGUAAAUAGCUACGAAAACAACUCUGGUGAUGGUUCAGGCAAUGGAAGUAGUGAUGGUGGAAAAAGCGGAGGAAGUGGUGGUUCAGGAUCUGACAAUGGAAACGAUAACAGUGGGGGUAGCAAAGGUGGAAGUGGUGAUUUAAGGAGGAAAUAG